AUGGAGAGGGAUUUCUUGGGUUUAAGCUCAAAAGAAUCUGCUGUCCAGUUUGAUUUACCUGAUGAAGUCUGUUUUGCUAUUCAAAAUGUUGAGCUACAAGCUGGUGCUGAUACAAUGAGGUUUGUUCGGGUGGUGCACCCACCCAUCGAGGGUAGUACGGAUGCGUCGUUUUUCACAUCAAGGAACAAUACUCCUGAUGAUACCCCUGACUACCUGCCAGAUGGGUUCGUGAUGAGGACCCACAAUUUGGGAGUUGUUGUUCCACUUUGGACCCUACAGGUGGAGAUCCUAAGCUAUCCAUCAAUAAGGGGUUUUCUAACACACUCUGGUUGGAAUUCAAGUUUAGAAAGCAUAGUGCAUGGAGUACCUAUGAUUGCAUGGCCACUCUAUGUUGAGCAGAGAUUGAAUGCUGCCUUGCUGACGGAAGAGCUCCACGUGGCGGUCCGACUGAGGGAGUUGCCAACAAAGGAGGUGGUGGGGAGAGAGGAGAUAGAGAGGAUGGUGAGGACUGUGAUACAGAGCAAAGAAGGGAAGAUGGUGAGGGAGAGAGUGAAAGAACUAAAAUAA